CUACGGUCACACUGUUAGUCACCGGCACACAAGUCAAUUCAGAACCGAAUUCAGAAUUCCGAAUUUUCUAGAAUUUUAAUAGAAGUAACAAUAGAAUUUCGCUGUUAAUACUAUUAUAAUGUCUGCAAACGAGACACAAUUCGACAACAUAUUGCUGGCGCUGGCCGAAAAGCACACAGGCGGAGUGCCCGACUUUCUGCAAACAUUGGCGAGUUUUUUGCGCCGCAAAACCGAUUUCUACACGGGCGCCAAGCAGGCAGAAUGGGAGAAGAUGCUGCUCGACAUAUUCCGCAAGGAGUCCAAAAUUGCCAUGGCUGCCCACGAGGAGAAGGUGAAAGUACGCGAAGCAGCGCAGCGCAUGAAGGAGGAAAAGGAGCGCGCAGAGCGUGAGGCGCGUCAAAAGGAAAUGGAUGACAACAAAAUAUGUGAUAUAACCGACGAAGAAGCCGCUGCCAUCAUCAAAGAGCAGGAAGACAAAAAGCGACAACAGCUUCUGGAUGGCGCUGGAGACUCCAAACAGGUGAGCGCCACCAACGAGGAGGUGUCCAAGCCCAUUGAGAAGGCGGAGGAUGAUAGCGAAAAGGAUGAAGUGGGCAAAUUGCAGCCAAACUCGGGCAACGGUUGCACCCUCGACAAAUACAUGUGGACACAAACGUUGCAGGAGGUGGAGCUGAAGAUUCCCUUCAACGUGACAUUCGCUUUGCGUGCUCGCGACAUUGUGGUCAACAUUGGCAAGAAAUCAUUGAAAGUGGGCCUCAAAGGUCAAGAGCCCAUCAUCGAUGGCGAGCUCUGCGCCGAGGUCAAGCAGGAUGAAUCGGUUUGGGUGCUGCAAGAUAGCAAAACGGUGCUCAUCACCCUCGAGAAGAUUGGCAAAAUGAAUUGGUGGAAUCGUCUGGUUACCACCGACCCAGAGAUAUCAACACGCAAAAUCAAUCCAGAGCCAUCGAAGCUCUCCGAUCUGGAUGGCGAAACUCGCAGCAUGGUUGAGAAAAUGAUGUUCGAUCAGCGCCAGAAGGAGAUGGGUCUGCCCACCAGUGAUGAUCGCAAGAAGCAGGACAUACUCGAAAAGUUCAAGCAGCAGCAUCCCGAAAUGGAUUUCUCCAAGUGCAAGUUCAACUAGAAGAAGAAGCAGCAGAACUUUUCUACGUAUUCCAUAGAUUUUCCUCAACUUUCAGUAUAAAACACACACACACACAUCUACUCACGCACGCAUUUAAAAUGUGUAUCAGCAUUGCGAAUAAAUCAACUACAAUUUG